GGAAAUAUUUUUAAAAAAAAUGUCAAUCUUCAAUAAGCUUUUUUAAGCAUCCACCCUUUUAUUCUAUUCUUAAAGGAAAAUAAUUAGUUUUUUAAACUUUAUAAAAAAAAAACUCAAUUUUGUUCAAGAGAAGUUUAUGUUUGCAUUUGCAAUAUCAUUUUUUAUGAUGGUUUUGACAACUCAUUCUUUAAAAAAGUUGCAGGAGGCCAAGAGCACGUUGACUUCUAUGAGCUUAAAGCCGGAACUUUUCCAAUAUAAAAGGCCCAAUUCACGGCCCAUUCACGCAGACGUGUCUUCCUGCAACUCUGAAUCUCUCGUCUUCAUCGCCUUCCCUUCUUCCUCAAUGGAACCCUAACACCCAUUUCUCUCUCAAGUCUCACCAAAUCAAUCAAAACCCCAUUCUUGAAUUACUUUCCAUACUCCUCUCUGUUCUUCGAUCUACAUUAUCAACUGUUCAGAACAGUGAGGAGCGGAAAAGGAUCCGUUUUAAGCGGUGAAAGACGCUGUAGGGUUACAAAUCUUGCAUUUUUAAGAAGCAAGACAUCAAAAGUAAACAUGUUUUCAUAGCAUUGUGGAUCAAACACACACGACAAGGGUAAAAAUGGCAUUUUACUCCCAAGACGAUUCAGCGGAUGAUUAUCUUUUCAAGAUUGUUCUGAUUGGUGAUUCGGCUGUUGGGAAAUCAAAUCUGCUUGCUAGAUUUGCUAGAGAUGAGUUUUACCCUAAUUCAAAAUCAACAAUUGGGGUAGAAUUUCAAACACAAAAGAUUGAAAUUAAAGGGAAAGAAAUUAAAGCCCAAAUUUGGGAUACAGCUGGACAAGAAAGGUUUAGAGCAGUUACAUCUGCAUAUUAUAGAGGAGCAGUUGGAGCACUUUUGGUGUAUGAUAUUACCAGACGCAGGACUUUUGAUAGUAUUGGAAGAUGGCUCAAUGAACUUCAUACACAUUCAGACAUGAAUGUAGUUUCAAUACUUGUUGGGAACAAAUCAGACCUUAAAGAAGCACGUGAGGUAUCAAUGGAGGAAGGAAAGUCGUUGGCUGAAUCUGAGGGAUUAUUUUUUAUGGAAACAUCGGCUCUUGAUUCAUCAAAUGUAAUUACUGCUUUUGAGAUUGUAGUAAAAGAGAUUUACAAUAUUUUGAGCAGAAAAGUUAUGGAAGUCAAGAAACCCGACCCUUCAUUAUCGAGAACUGGAAAAACACUUGUUUUGGAAACGGAUUCGGAUCAAGACAAUGUAACUAAAAAAGCUUGGUGUUGUUCAUCUUAGAAUCAUUAAUUAUUACUAUUAUUAUUAUUAUUAUAUAAACAAAUUGGGGGUGUUUUUGGAUGUCUUAUAAGGUUAAUAAUGUAUAUGAUGUCAUGGUUGUUGAGAAAAAAAAAAAAAAAAAGAAGAAAAAAAAGGGUUUUGUGGUUGCUGGAAUUGUGUUUUUUAUUUUUUAUUAGGGGUAAAUGUAAGAAAUAGGAAUAUACUUGUUUCUAUUGUUUUGUUUAUUAUAGAAUUUU